AUGACAGUGCAACUCUUCACCAAACCAAUUGCAUCAUCGCCUCCCCCAGGUGUUUACCCCACCGUCAACCACUCGCAGCCUCCAGUUGGUUGCAAUUUCUCCAAUCCAAUUCAGACGAACAACACCUUCAACAAUCUAUUGCUAGCAGACCAAACCUUCCCGGCAUGGCCGCUUCCUUACCUGCUUUGGGUCACCAAGGAUGGCAAUUCCGACUGGGGAAUGGCGUUCAAUCAUACAGAUGCCAACCAGCAGGUAUAUGGGCCUGAUACCAGCAAGAAUCCGGUGCAAUUCUAUUUCAAUCCACCCAAAAUCAUGCUGUUUGCAUUCACGGGACGUGGCUGGUCGUCUGUGGAUGUCAAGGUGUUGCUGAGCCUGAAACUUUCCUCCACUGUUAGCCUCAAUGGAGGAGGUUCAGGCGUCAUCACGAUUCCCAUGGUGUAUGGAAUGGCAUUCGUGACUGGAGUGUAUCAGAACGAGAUUCCAGUCAUUCAUUCAGCCGUAGGAGUCCAAGAGUUCCGUAGAAUUGGUAUAGUAAAUGGUUCGAUAGCUAAGUAUACGGCCAAACUCUUCAAUCAGAUAACUUGGAGUAUUUACGUUAGCGAAGAUGCCGGUAACGAGCUCGUCUUGGAGGAUCCAAACCACAUUGUGGCUUCCAAACCUACCAACAAAUGUGUCAUCCAGAUCUGUAAAGGUGACAAUAGAGCCUACGACUCCACCUGCGGAAAGUAUUCAGUAGGAGCCAGACUUGCUGGUAGUGUUGAUGGCCUGAAUGGAACGUACUCGUUCGAGUAUUUCAUGGAGGGUAAUUCCCAAUGUGGAACUGGUCUCGUGUAUUGUCUUCCUCAUCACCAGAUGACCCUUUCUGGGGACUCAAGAAAGGCUUCUACGGAUUUGGUUUUGGACUCACCCACAAAAGGUCCCAUGCGUGCCUUUGCAACCGAUAAAUUGACCAUGAACGUUCCUGACUUGCCAAUAAAUAUUGGCUUUGAACCGUGGACGUCAGUUCAAGGCUUUGGAUACAGAGGUGAGAAUUUCACCGACGAAGUCAAGCAAUUGAUCAAAGAGGCAGCCACAAAGGAGUCUCAACAAGAUGUGGCUGGCCAGUGUGACUUGGAUUCUAUGUAUUUUGGAGGAAAACAGUUAGAUAAGUAUGCGUACAUUGCAUAUGUGUGCCAUUUCAUCUUAAGAGACUCUGAAGCUACUCAGAACAUUCUUCCCAAGGUCAAGCAGGCAAUUGAGAAGUAUGCACAAAACCAUCAGAAGCUUCCUUUGGUGUACGACCAGUCAUGGAAAGGAUUAGUGUCGAGUGCACCUCCAGACCAGGAUUUCGGCAACUCUAACUACAACGACCACCAUUUUCAUUAUGGAUACCACAUACAUGCUAUUGCUCUCAUUGCACGGAUCGAUCCAGGCUGGUUAGACGAAAAGAACAACUUGAUCAAGGAUUACGCAAUUACCUUAAUCAGGGACUACGCCAACCCCUCCGACCAGGAUCCUUACUUCCCUCAAUUCCGGAACUUUGACUGGUUCCACGGCCAUUCUUUCGCACAUGGGAUUUUUCCUAGUGGAGAUGGUAAGAAUGAAGAGUCUUCUUCGGAAGAUUAUCACUCCGUGUAUGCGUUGAAGCUUUUUGGAAAAGUUAUUGGAGAUGAACAGAUGGAGCAGGGUGCCAACUUGAUGUUGGGAAUCAUGAAGACAUCUUUGAACUUGUACAUGCUAUUCUCGAACGACAACAAUGUCCAGCCUGCCAAUUUCAAAGGCAACAAAGUAUCGGGCAUUCUAUUCGAGAACAAAAUCGAUUUUGCUACGUUUUUCGGCCGUGGAACCGUCGGUGAUGAAUUCAUCCAUGGAAUCCACAUGUUACCUAUUACUCCGGUCUCGUCAUACAUUAGAGGUGCAAACUAUGUCAAAGAAGAGUGGGAUGCUAAGCUAGGAGGUAUUGUUGACCAAAUCCCCGACGGUUGGCGAGGCAUUCUAAAAUUAAAUUAUGGUCUCUAUGAUCCACGAGAGGCGUGGAGGUGGUUUGCCAGAAAUGACUGGCAGGACAACUUGAUCGAUGGAGGAAUGUCCAGAACGUGGUCGUUGGCUUACCUCGCUGGUAUUGGAGGUGCCAAUUGA